GUCAUAACUCAUGCAAAUACUUGGCAAGGCUAUUCAGGCUGCUCCAGUCCAUCCCUCUACUAGUAUGUAGAGGCAUUUGGAAAUACUCAGACAAAGCAGGUCAAAUACAAGCACAACACUUAGUCAAUUAUGAACCGUUAUUAAGAGGAUGAACGCGGACAAAAUGCGACCGAAAUCACUCAAUAAAUUCAGGUGUCCGGACUAUGAAGGUGACAACCACACCAUCGGCCAUGCUGAUGUGGCGCAGUUUGAACGCGAAGGUGUGUCACAACGCUUCGAAUGGCUUCAGCUAGCGCUCCUGCCUGUUCCAGCCAAAAGUUCUGGCCCUUCUUUACCACAAAUUGAAGACCUCUGGGCGUCACAGGUGAUGCCAGUUCAGAUGCCUGAUAGCGCAUACAAUACUCAUUUGCGCGACUUCCGAGACGAUCGGAUAGAGAAAUUGAGAGAGGAUGAGGAAAUCCGCAUCCAGUUAACGGGCGAUGCUGCUUUCACACAUCCCAUGCAAGAAGCGCAACGAUUAUUCGAGGCCUAUGCGUUGCAGCGCGCACAAGAUGAGAACGAGCGCCUACAUCAAUUAGACACGCUAACGUCUGCUUACAAAGAGUUGAUGUUAGAACUGGAUGCGGUCAAGGCUGUCGCGAACAAAUUCAAUGACCGGAGAACGAAACUGGCCGCAACAUGGAAGGCCCUCAAAAAAGAGUGUAAAGAGGCUGUGAGCGAGCAGGAAAGUGAUUUACUCUUUGAGAUUACCGGGGACCAGAGAAAAACCAUCGGGGAUAUGGUAGUAAAGCUGAGCACUGACUUCAAAAAUCAAUGCUAUAUUCCCGCUAUCGAUGACAUGGCUAAAGUUCAGAACUGGAUAGAACAAGUGGAAAAGAAAGCCACGACAGUGCAAUUGGAUCGAAUAGAAAGCUUCCAAUUAGGUAUUCAGAGUCGUGCUUCGAAGGCGGUAGAGCGCAUAGAGAAAUUUGCAGACAGGAUGAAAGCCGUGACAGACGAUUACAUUGACACGAUCAGAACUGCCGCCGAUGAGGCGCGAAGGAAAAUACGGGAACAAACAGCAUCAGAGUUGAAUAAGGCUGCGAAAAAGGAGGAAAAAGAAAAUGAAGCUGCGAAAGGUACGCAGCAGACAGCGAGUGAAGCUUCCAUGACCCCUACUACUAUUCAACAGAGUGUACCGGCGUCAUCUGCAAACACGGUGACACCGGCCGUGCAGAAGCCAACAUCAGCGGCUACUCCGGCAGCAUCGAUUAGUCCAGUCAGCAUGGAUAGGACUCGCAAUGAAGACUUUCAGAAAAACUCUGCUAUACGUGAAGCUCAUUUGAGAACGGCAGCUCCGAUCACUACCUCGACGGAUGCUGCAGUGAAGAAAGAUCGCUUCGUCAUCAAGAAGACACUCAAUGGGGCUAUCAACAAGGUCGCCAACACGCAAAAGAACAUUGAGGCUUGUGUGACGUCGCUGACCAAUGAAAUGCUGAGAGUCGCGGCGAUGAACGUCAAGGAAUGGUCUGUGUAUGCAGUUCUGCUGUUAGCUGAGCUUCUCGUUGGUAAAGCUUUCUCGGAAUGUCACGUAAACCUGAAGACCGCCUUCCCGCUCGGCGCCGUAUGCGUUGGAGUGUGCGCGCAGUACGGAGAUCUGCUGCCAGUCCUCUUGGCUGAGUGCUACGCAAGGUGUCCUUACACAAUCCCACAUUUUUCCGUGAGGACUAGCACUAUGUCCGCGGCGGAUUACAAUACUGUCAUCUGUCGGAAAGAAAAUGAAACGGGCGAGCAGCAUAUGGAGAGAAUGGGCGGGUGUGUUCGAUUGUACGCUGCAAUCUGCCAGACUGACGAUACGCGUGGCGUCGUCAAUCCUCACGGCAUCCACAAUGCUUGGGCUUUUAUCGCGAGGGUCCUCAAUUCGCAUCCCAAAUCUCCCACCACUGCCGACAUACUAUACAAGUUCAUCGAGACCUCGGCAUACAAGUUGUCGCUUGUCUACCAAUCUCAAUUCAACAAACUGAUGGCAGUGAUAGAGCACGAUGUGUUACCGUCGAUGAUCGUGGGCCCAGCCAGUAGCCGCCUCGAAACUUUCCUCGUAGACGUUAAAAAAGGUUCCACGUAUCAAUUCCCGCACCCUGACGGGAGGACACCCGAUUAAUCUUCGCUAUGUAGUUUAGUAGUUCACGCGAACAUGAUAAACGCAAUAAAGAACAAUUACAUCCGCA